GAUUCUUUAUGGGGUGGUGGUGGGUUAAAAUAAAACCUGCAAAUGUAAUGUAGGCUAACUAAUCUUCUUUCUUUUUCUAAGAUUUUCUUCAGCGAAAUCUUAUCAACGUUGUACUUGUUAAAGACCUAUUGUGUUACAGAACCCUUUGUAAAAACGUGAGAAUGUGUUGCAGUUUCAGCUUGCCAUAAAGUCGUAUUGAGUGGUUGGUUGUACUAAGGUGUGCAACUUGUAAGUUUCCAUCGGUGGAGAGGCUACUGCAUCGGUGAGUCCUGAGCGAGUGUAUUCACCAGUUUCAUGGCGUUACAGCGAGGUUAGCGUCCAUGAGACUGACACUCAUCCAGAGUCGCAUAGUCUGCACAGUCCCAUGUUUUUAUUUAUAUUUUUUUACUAUGGUCUACAUUAAUUAAAAUGCUCGUCCACCAAUCGACUGAGAGCAACUCAUGUCGGACUUAAGACCGCGGGACAAACAUAAUUCACUUUAAACAAGAUUACCGAGCGCUCUCAGCACAAUGAAGAUGAAUAGCCUUUUGAAAUGAAAUUGUAAUAAGUUAUAACACAAAAGGCCUAUGCAAAACUGAGUUUCAAUUUUGUGUCUUUGCCUAAAUAUUUGAAUAUCUUAAAAUUGAUUUACGCACAGGCGCGUAAAAUGCAAACUGGAGAGAUGCUUCGGAUUUGUCUCCUACAUGCGCUCUGGCGUGUGGAAGCGCCCCAAGAUAUUAGAGCUUCGCCGGUAACACUUUAAAAUAAUGGUCCAUUGUUAACAAGUGGCUAUGCUGGAAGUAAUAGGUAGUUAUACAUUAACACCGAAUGUAACACUAUUAAAUACUAUUUUUUUUUUUACAAAAUACUUUCUUGCAAAAACAUACAUUGAAUUCUGACAGAUUCAAUACCCCACGGCUAGCACUAUCCCGUGUUGUAGGUGCUGUUAGAUCGUCGCGUGGGCGGCACCAGCUGGCUCGCUUCUCGAGCUCCCCACGCUGACAGUAGUGAUGCGCAAAGAAAUGAUGCUGAAAACACAGUUGGCACGACGCACGCGGUGGGAGGGAAUACAUCCAAUAAGGCGUGUUAUGAUGUGGGAAACACAAAUGGAUUAGAGCGGGGCUAUAGAAGCACAGCGACUUUCCCUCCGUAAAGACUCUGCAGGUUGUCCCCAACACCAGGACAGAAGGCGGCGAGGCCGGAGACGUGGGAAACCCAACGUUUACAUGCAACGCCAUGGCACUAAACCCACAGGCGUAGGGGGUAGUUCGUCCGCAGGCUAGAUGGUUACCGGAAAGCGGGGGAUAUAGGAAUAUAGUCUGAUUGGAGUGCCCGGUUUUAAGUAUCUAAUGGAAAAACGAGGUGACGGAAACGACCCGGUGGAGACCGUUGACAGUCUUGAUAGGAGAGGAUCCGGCUCCCUCCCAGGUGAGACCUUCAUUGUCCAUAACCAGUCUGGAAUAAGUCUCCCUGAGCAGGAGCAGAGUGCCACCAUGAAAAGUAAAGACAACUAUGUUUCCGUCCCGUUGGAGGAGAAGUUUCCUGAGCCGGGCCUUCUGGGAACCUCCAAGGAGACUCAGGACGACUGCUACAACCAGUAUGACUCCAUAUUGCUGAACUCCCUGAAGCCAGACGGGGCCCCACCAGAUCACGGCUUGGGCCCGUACUUCCAGGAUGGCAAGCGCAGGGUGGACUAUGUUUUGUCCUACCAAGUCCAGAAGCCUGCCAGUGUGAGGCGCAAGCCCUCGCGCUUCUUGGACAACCCCCUGGUCCGAGGCCUGCGACGCAGCCUGAGCUGGACACGGAGCCGCCACGCCCCGCCACCCCGGCAGGACCCAGAGCUGGCCGCACAGGAGAACCGGCUGGAUUACCAUGACGAUGACCGACGCUUCAGACGACAGGACUUUGAGGAGAACCUGAUGGAGAUGGGACUAGAGCUGGAGCGGGAUGAGGGGAGUAAGAUUCCUGGGAUCGGCUUUGUGAAGAUCCACGCCCCCUGGAACGUUCUCUGCAGAGAGGCGGAGUUUAUGAAGCUCAAGAUGCCUACCAUGAAGGAGGAAGAUCUACCUUAUAAAAUCAGCAAAUUACAGGUGUACGAGGUGAAGCAGGGGAGCAACCUGGUGGAGAAGGUCCGGCUGUUCAUCCACAAGGUGACGGCUCCCCUGCACCCAAAAGUGGAGACCAGCCGGCAGCAGAGCGUCAAACCGCUGUCCCAUCCGUUCUCCAGAGAGAAGCAGCACCUGUUUGAUCUUUCAGACAGAGAAUCCUUCUUUGACACCAAGACCAGGAGUUCUAUCGUCUAUGAGGUCCUGAAACGCACCCGCUGUAGUCAGGUCACUUACACCAUGGGACUCACCAGUCUCCUUGGCAACGCUGUCUACAUGUCUGCCUACCCUCUGCAUGAUGGAGACAUUGACAGUCCCACUGAUGAGGCCAACGACAGGAAGCUGCUGCACGAGGAAUGGGCAAGUUACAGCGUGUUCUACAAAUACCAGCCCAUUGGCCUUAUCAGGAAGUAUUUUGGGGAGAAGAUUGGUCUGUACUUUGCCUGGCUGGGCGUCUACACCCAGAUGCUGAUUCCUGCUGCCAUCGUGGGAGUCAUCGUCUUUCUGUAUGGCUGUGCCACCGUCGAUGACGACAUCCCCAGUAUGGAGAUCUGUGACCCAAGGAACAACAUCACCAUGUGCCCCAUGUGUGACCGGGCCUGCAGCUACUGGAAGCUAGGGACAGCCUGUGGCACAGCCAGGGCCAGCCAUCUCUUUGAUAACCCUGCCACUGUCUUCUUCUCCAUUUUUAUGGCUCUCUGGGCUGCCAUGUUUAUGGAGCACUGGAAGAGAAGGCAGAUGAGGCUCAACUACAUCUGGGACCUGACAGGCUUCGAAGAGGAGGAGAUGGCUGUCAAGGACCACCAUAGAGCUGAGUACGAGUUCCGGGUCAUGCAGAAGAGACUGAAGAUGGAACGCCUCUCCCCAGAAACGGAGAAGGUGAAGCUGACGUGUACUGACAGGAUGCCAGCCUAUAUGACCGCCUUGUUCAUGAUGAUCUUCAUGGUAUGUGUGACCUUUGCCAUCGUGUUUGGGGUCAUCCUGUACCGGAUCUCCAUCAAGGCUGCACUGCACAUGAGCUCCUACCCUGCUGCCCGCUCCAACAUCCGUGCCACUGUCAAGACCACCGGAGCCAUCAUCAACCUCAUCAUCAUCAUCAUCAUGGACGAGGUCUAUGGGUCCGUAGCACGCUGGCUUACCACACUGGAGGUUCCGAAGACUGACAAAAGCUUUGAGGAACGUUUGAUUGUCAAGACCUUCAUCCUGAAGUUUGUCAAUGCCUUCACUCCCAUAGUCUACCUGGCCUUUUUCAGGGGGAGGCUGGUGGGUCGCCCUGGAAACUACCUGUACGUCAUCGGUUCCUACAGGAUGGAGGAGUGUGCCCAUGCAGGCUGUCUGAUGGAGCUGUGCAUCCAGCUGUGCAUCACCAUGCUUGGAAAACAGCUCAUCCAGAACAACCUGUUUGAGAUCUGCAUCCCAAAGCUGAAGAAGCUGAUCCGGAGGAGGAAAUCAGAGAUGGACUCCCAGCAGGAGGCGGAGUUUAACAAGACACUCCAGCGCCAUGAAAAAGACCACUUCCUGGGUCCCUUUGUGGGACUGACUCCUGAGUACAUGGAAAUGAUCAUUCAGUUUGGGAUGGUGACUCUGUUUGUGGCCUCGUUCCCACUGGCUCCUCUGUUCGCUCUGCUCAACAACAUCAUCGAGAUCCGUCUGGAUGCCAAGAAGUUUGUCAAUGAAGUCCGUCGACCAAUUGCUGCACGUGCCAAAGAUAUUGGAAUCUGGUACAACCUUCUGAGGGGCCUCAGCAAGGUGGCUGUCAUUGUCAAUGCAUUUGUGAUCUCCUUCACCUCAGACUUCAUCCCCAGGCUGGUGUAUCAGUACAUGUACAGUUCAGACGGCUCCAUGCAUGGCUUCGUCAACCACACACUCUCCUACUUUAAUGUUACUGACUUCCAGCCAGGCACCGCCCCUGUGGAACCAAUGCACCUGGGUUACAGCGUGGAGAUCUGCAGGUAUAAAGACUACAGAGAGCCCCCCUGGUCCAACGAGUCCUACGAACUUUCGAAGGAAUUCUGGGCCAUCCUGGCAGCGCGCCUCGCGUUUGUCAUUGUAUUCCAGAACGUGGUGAUGUUGAUGAGUGACUUUGUGGACUGGCUGAUCCCAGACAUCCCCAAGGACAUCAGCCUCCAGAUCCACAAGGAGAAGAUCCUGAUGGUGGAGCUCUUCAUGAAGGAGGAGCAGGGCAAGAGGCUUCUCCAAGACCCACCUCCACAUAACCACACAGCCAAUCAGAGCCUGACUCAGCCUCGCUUGCGCCCCUCUUCCCAUACUUUCACAAACAGCUCUAACUGUUAACUGCUAACCAGCAAGCUAACAAGCAGGUCCUUUUGUCCAAAACUCUAGUCUGGUCUUGUCUACUCUUAAUUGAUGUGGGCUGGUAUGGUCUGGACUGGUUUAGGCUGGAAUGGGCUGGACAGGGUUAUGACAACUGUACAUAGCAGAGACUCUGUGUCUACAACUGCUCCAUUCCCCUGACUUGUAACAAGUUGUAUACAACCUGAACCCAUGUCUAAUUCUUUCUCUGACUUAGUUUUCCACUUGUCCACUUGUCCCCUUUUUAUUUCCACUUGCUUGCUUAAAUCGUUGUGUGAAGCCCAAGGACAAGGGGAUGCUUUAGGGGAAAGGAUGUAGAGAGGGAAGGGUGAUCUCUAUGACUGUCAGGUAUUUCACAGAUCAUGAAGCCUUGCAUCCUCUUUUUAUGAACAAUGAAUCGCGAUGUUGGAGAAUACUUUUUCUUUCUGGUAUUCUAACUUAUUUUGUAACGUUUGCCUUUGUAUGAGAUCUAGAGGAUGUCGGGGCACAGAUUGGCAGAGCUAAAUAAAUCCUGACCUUCUGUCAGUCUGCUCUCUGCUCCUCUCAACGUCUCUUUGGGUCUGUCAGCCUGCUCUCUGUGUAAUAGUAUAGCUAGUAACUCAUUUUAGAACAGCUACAUGUAUUCAAUAUAAUGUCGAUAUUAAGCCUCCUCAGCAGAUCUUAAAGGUUAGGAGGUGAGACUAGCUUUUUCUAGAAGCACAGGGUGUUCUGAGCAGGGAAACAUGAUAAAAGAACAACGUGAUAAAAUCUUGAUUCUUGCCAACUGGAUCAAAUGGGUCUGUGUUUGUUAGCUAAACAUCGGAGAUGUAUUGCUCAAAAACAAAGAUUAUAAUCUACUACUUCUUUCAUAUAUUUCAAUAAUAUUUUUUAAUUUCAAUGGGGGGCUUGACUUAAAAAGUGAAACAUUGCUGAGACUAGAGGAGUUUGUGAAGGAGAGGGCAAUCUUCUGUCAUCCAGUUCUAUAUACUUUGUUAAUUUAUUUGACUUUUGAUAUUUACUCUGCAUUUCACAUGUCAGAGAUCUGUUGAAAUUCAAAGGUUUCUAAAGAUCUUUCGGAGGGUCAGUGUCAUGUUUAAAAAACAAUUUUUAACCUGCACACAAAAGGUCCUGAAAAAGUACAAUGACUGAAAUCUGAC